UUAUUAUAUAUACUUACAUUAACUCGUGGCAGGUUCAAGAGCCACAACCAUAAAUUCAUCGAUCUUGUUCUUCUUCCCUUGCCUUUUGUUGCAUCCAUGGAUUGUUUGGUGAUGCCAGUUUCAUUGAUCCGUCGUCGUUCCACGGGUUCACGGAUGGGUUACAUGGCACUUCCUAAGGAGGAGCCCGUAAAGGUGGUGGUGGGAAAAGAGAAGAGGGUGUUUCUGGUGGAGCCUUUCAUAUUGCAAGAGAACCCGUUUCAGAUUUUGAUGGAUAUCUCUAUGAAGAAGGACCCAGCCGGGCACUUCACGUCGAAUCAUAGUCAGAGUGAGAGGAGAGUGAUCUUUGUGGAUGUGGAUGACAUUUUGUUCGAACACAUGCUGUGGCUCAUGCACAACGAUGCUUCUUCUUUGUUCCAGCUCAAUUUGAAGGAGAUUAUUGACUUCUACACUCACGAUAUCUAAAUGUAAUCACAGUGAUUCUUUACCAUCUUGAGAACAAAAGGGUUCAAACAAUAGGAGACCCCCCUUCAAUCUCUAGCGGGCAAUGAUUGACCCCAAUUUUGAGGUUGAACGAAGCCAAUUUCAUCGCGUCAGAAUCGAUGUCAGCGAUGGAAUAGAGGUCGACAUGGCUUUCGAUGGUGGUAGGCAGUUUGAAGGGAAGACGAGAAAGACAAAAUCAUGGGAUGGGUAGAAACAUGGUUAAAAGGGUAUAAUUGAUAGUAAAAAAAUUAAUGAGAAGAAAUGGGUCAACUUAGCAAACCCUCGGUGGUGUAUUUAGCAAGAUCCGAAACUGUUACUUUUAUAUCUGGGGCUUACUUCUGUAAUGUUGAACCACCCAAGGGAAUUGCUAUUUCCACUUCCCUUGUUACUAAGACACUUUAUAAGUUUUCCUUACU